CUGUAUUUUUGAUCAAAUAACAUUUUUUUUUCCAUAAACAUAAGAAAAAAUCAUACCUGACCCCAAACUUUUGAACAGUAGUUCAGAUAUAUUUAUAUAUAAAAGCAGCAGCAGCAGUCUUCAAUAUAAAGCCUUGAGUUGGCAGCCUAAUGUUGUCUCUUGGUCUCCAGUGGUAACAAGACAAUUUAAAAACCAGUCUGUACCUGUCAGGGCCACAGUUUUUGAAACAUGCUGGAUGGAUUAUUAGUGCAGAUGUGUAUUACAGAUAUUGCUCAGGCCAUAUUGUGUAGAUUUAAAAUAACAAGCAACUUUAUAGUUCACUGAGUGAAAUAAUAUUUUAUUAUAUAUAUAUAUUUUAAUUAUAUUGCACACCAGGUACAGACUCCAAUAUUCAGAAUAUUAAAUAGAGCCUGAACAAUAAAGUGUUGAGCAAAUAUAAUUGUGCAGUCAGCAGUACGCCUCUACAGUCGGCACUGAGAUUAAUAAGGGUGAGUUGGCUGCACUGGGCCCAUUAAAGAAAGGUCUUCUGUGCACUUGUUCAUUCUGAUUCCAGAAAAUAAAGUUAACAAGCACUUAGACACCUUCACAACCUCUAUAUAGACACCUAAACACUUUAAUAGUUUCUACAACACUAGUAACGAUCAGUUCAAUAAAAUCUCUUUGCCUGUCAGAGGCUAAGCAGGAUUUCACUCAGACUCAUCAAACAGCUAUUUGUUGCUUCCCUUUUAGAUCUAUAAAUAUCCUUAAUUAGCAUCUCCCAUAGAGCCCCUGCACCCCUCCAGCAGCAGAUUGAACUACCUAGCCAUCACUUCAUCCCUACAUUCUCUUCUGGUAGCAUCAUGGUUACUGCUUAGUAAGUGCUAAAACACAAGGACGCUAUAUAAACAGCGUCUGCAAUGUCUACCGGCCACAUUUGUCUUUGCUUUCACUGUGAAGUGAUUCUCUACAGCAUCUCUUUUUGUGUAGUCAGUGUAUUGGACUGUGGCUGAACCUUCCAAACAAAUCAUUCUUCCUUAAUUUUUUUUUUGAUUUUCUCACUAUGGCGGAUGCUAUCAAGUCACCAUCCAGGCCUCAAUAUUGUCAUGAGGUAUCAUGGAAUCCCCUGAGCUACAGAUGGCCCAGUGUAAUCUUUAACCAGCAUUUCGGCUUACCUCCAUUAUUGGACCCCCAAGACCUCAGCUGGAUCGAAGGCAUCUUCAGGAGGCUGGGGACGUCGUCUUGGCCCGGGUACUUGCGCACACCCGUGUUCACUCCCUUUACUCAGGCCUCAGGACAGCACAUCUCUAAGCUGCACAGGGAGAUGAGUGGAGGGGUGUCGGAAGUGGCUGGUGAGAUUUGCAAGUGGAAAAUUAGCUUGGAUGUCAAUCACUUCGCUCCCUCCGAGAUCACGGUCAAAAUACAGGAUGGAUUUUUGGAAAUUGCAGGAAAGCAUGAAGAAAGGCAAGAUGAGCACGGCUACAUUGCUAGAUGUUUUACAAGAAAAUACAAACUUCCAGAAGGUGUUGAUGCUGAAAAUCUCAAGUCGCUUCUGUCCACCGAUGGGAUUCUUACAGUGGAAGCAUCAUUACCCAGCAUUCCCCUUCCUGCUGAUGUCAUUAUCCCCAUCCAGGUGGAGAUGGAGGCACAACCCGUAGGAGAAAAACAACAAGAUGGCGACGAGCCUCAAGAUGCCAUUGAAGCCGAGGCUAAACCAGAAUCAUCUGAGGGAGAAAUUCCUGAACCCUCCGUCUCAACUGAGCAUCCUGAGGGUGAACAAGACCAGCAGACUGUAUCUGAUGUAGAUCCAUCUAGAGAACCACAACCCCAGUCCACCACAGAAGCUGCACCAGAUGCCUUUGAGUCUGGAAGUGAGCAGGUUGGUGAACCCAGAGAUGGCAUAGAGAAGGACAAAGAAGGUGCUUUUCAAGAGGCGGUUGAGGGCAUCGAGCAAGACACAGAGGAAGUCCAUGAGUCUGCAGACAAGCCUCAGGCUUCAGAGACUCCAGACACCAUCACCUCCGAGCAAGGAGAGCAGGCAGAGGUCAUGCAGCCUCAGGAAAUGGAGGGUGAAGAGGGAUAUACAGACCCUGCUGUGACAGAAGAUGAGCAAUCAACCUUCGGGCAAACCCAGGAGGUGUUCACCCCUCAGCUAGAGCUCCAAAAGGAAAUGGGUGAAGAGAAAAUGUAG